AUGGACAGAGCCCUUCAGGAGAACAACGCCCAAUACGUUAAAGACCACCCGGAGGAGGUCCACGAAGCUCCCCGACUACCUCAUCCUGAACGACAUGAAGGGCCCAAGUUCGACAACCCACGGGUACGCAACUCGUACUUAAAACACCGCAAAAUAGAGAUUGAGGCGUCAAGACGAGAACAGCGUCCCUACGUUAAUCCUCCCAUCCUUUUCAAUCCACCCACAGACGACGAAUCGGACCUUGGGCUACUUCAAAGAGUAACUGAGAACUGGGACGAAGGCCGCAUUUCUGACGUCGAGUCGUUCGACUCCUGCUCCGCUACGUCCGACUCAGACGAUUACGAAGAGGAAGGAGAAUCUUGUUAG